UUUCUUUUUUUUUGAGAGUACAAUGUGCCAAACAAGGCCGAUAACUUCCUUUUCUUCCGGUUGAGGCGAACUGAUCGCAAAGAUCAGAAAUGAAGCUCAACAUCUCAUAUCCAGCCACUGGCUGUCAAAAACUCAUCGAAGUUGAUGAUGAAAAGAAACUGAGACCUUUCUAUGAGAAGAGGAUGGCAACUGAAGUGUCAGCUGACUGCCUUGGCGAUGAAUGGAAGGGGUAUGUUCUAAGGAUUGCAGGAGGUAAUGACAAGCAAGGAUUUCCCAUGAAACAGGGAAUUCUUACAAAUGUUCGCGUUCGACUCCUGAUGAGCAAAGGUCAUUCCUGUUUCCGCCCCAGGCGGGACGGAGAACGUCGCAGGAAGUCUGUCAGGGGUUGCAUAGUGGACAACAACCUCAGUGUACUGGCCAUGGUCAUUGUUAAGAAAGGGGAGAAGGAUAUUCCUGGUUUGACAGACACCACCAUCCCCCGUCGCCUGGGACCAAAGAGAGCCAGCAAAAUCAGGAAACUGUUUAACCUCUCCAAGGAGGAUGACGUGCGCCAGUAUGUUGUCAGGAGACCGCUACCACAAAAGGAGGGUAAGAAGGCGAAGACAAAGGCCCCUAAAAUCCAGAGAUUGGUCACCCCACUUGUUCUUCAGAGGAAGAGACACAGAUUGGCCCUGAAGAAGAAGAAGCAUGCCAAGCGCAGAGAGGAUGCUGCCGAAUACGCUAAAAUCUUAGCACAGAGACUAAAGGAGGCUAAGGAGAGAAAGAGGAGUCGGUCUGGCAGCAGGACGUCCAUGUCUGCCUCCACAUCUAAGUGAAGAUGUUAAUUUAACAAUAAAAAAAAAGGAUGAA